AUGAAGAGAAGCACCUUCCUCAUCCUCUCCAUCAUGGGGUUCUACAGUGCCAUUCUCCACACAGCAGCAUGGUCCGUGAAUAACUUCCUGAUGACAGGACCUAAGGCUUACCUGACGUACUCCAGCAGUGUGGCAGCCGGGGCACACAGCGGGAUGGAGGAGUGCAAGUUCCAGUUCGGGUGGGAGCGCUGGAACUGCCCCGAGAGCGCCCUGCAGCUCUCCACACACAACCGGCUCCGCAGCGCUACCCGGGAAACAUCCUUCGUACACGCCAUCAGCUCAGCUGGUGUCAUGUACACCCUGACCAGGAACUGCAGCCUGGGGGACUUCGAGAGCUGCGGCUGUGACGACUCCAGGAACGGCCGUGUGGGUGGCCGAGGCUGGGUCUGGGGAGGAUGCAGCGACAACGUGGAGUUUGGGGAGAAGGUUUCCAAGCUCUUUGUGGAUGCCUUGGAAACAGGACACGAUACCCGAGCGCUGAUCAACCUGCACAACAAUGAAGUCGGGAGACUUGCGGUGAAAGACACGAUGAAACGAGCCUGCAAGUGCCACGGGGUGUCGGGCAGCUGCAGCAUCCAGACCUGCUGGCUCCAGCUCGCCGAGUUCCGCGAGGUCGGGAACUACCUGAAGAUCAAAUACGACCAAGCCCACAAGCUAGAGAUGGACAAGCGGCGGGUGAGGGCCGGCAACAGCGCCGACAGCCGCGGCGCCACGGCACAGGCCUUCCACCACGUGCACGCCACAGAUCUCGUCUUCCUUGAGGACUCCCCCGACUACUGCAAGAACGCCAGCCUGGGCCACCACGGCACCGAGGGCCGCGAGUGCCUGCAGACCGGCAAGAACCUCUCGCAGUGGGAGAAGAGGAGCUGCCGGCGGCUCUGCACCGAGUGCGGGCUCCGCGUGGAGGAGCGCAGGACGGAGGUGGUGUCCAGCUGCAACUGCAAGUUCCACUGGUGCUGCACCGUGCGCUGCGAGCAGUGCCGGACGCUGGUGGCCAAGCACUUCUGCACCCGCCGCGACGGCGCCGCCGCCCCCAACCACAUCAGGCAGAGGAACAGGGGCCACGGGAGAUAA